GAGCUGUCGGCUGCUGUCUCAUACAGUGGGAUCCAGGAGCAGCUGUUCCAACCUUUUGUGUGCUCCAGAACCACCUGAAAAUGUCUCAGAAUCCUGACAAGCUAAAUUCAAGUGAAGAAAAGUUGAGUGGUUUGGAGGAUGAUCAGGACGAGAACUUGGACAACUCGGAUCAGUCUGUCCGAAAAAGAAUACGACAGAGUGCUCCAGGGUCACACAGAGAUGAUACACCAAAGUCCAGUCCCUCUCGGCCUGUGUCAAUAGAAGAGCUCAUGGAGACAGCAAAGGCAGUCACCAACAUGGCACUGGCACACGAAAUUGUGGUGAAUGGAGACUUCCAGAUAAAACCAGCUGAAUUGCCAGAACACAGCUUAGAGAAGAAAGUCAGAGAUAUUGUGCAUAAAGCUUUCUGGGAUUGUCUGGAAGCUCAGCUGAAGGAAGACCCCCCGACAUAUGAUCAUGCAAUUAAGCUAUUGGGAGAAAUUAAGGAGAGUCUUCUGUCUUUCUUGUUGCCUGGUCAUACUAGACUGAGAAGCCAGAUUACAGAAGUUCUUGACCUGGAUUUGAUAAAACAGGAGGCAGAGAAUGGGGCCCUUGACAUUUCUAAGUUGGUCAAAUUUGUUAUUGGGAUGAUGGGGACUCUCUGUGCUCCAGCUCGAGAUGAAGACAUUAAGAAACUGAAAGAUAUUCAUGAAAUUGUUCCUCUUUUCAGAGCAAUUUUCUCUGUAUUAGACCUAAUGAAAAUGGAUAUGGCAAACUUCGCUGUCAGUAGUAUUAGGCCAAAAUUAAUGCAGCAGUCUGCUGAAUAUGAAAGAAAGAAGUUUCAGGAGUUUCUUGAGAAACAGCCAAAUUCUUUAGACCUUGUCACAAAGUGGUUGCAAGAAGCAGCAGAUGAUCUUGCAAAGCUGGGACAUGAAAUAUUGCCUCCCCACUGUAGCGAUGGUGCCACUGGUGGAGCUUCUACCUUGUGCUUCACUGCUGUACAAAAUCAGGCCUAUCUGAAGCUCCUGAAGUGGGAUCACGUGAACAGGCCUUUUCCAGAAACGGUGCUCAUGGACCAGACACGGUUCCUGGAGAUCCAGCUGGAGCUGGAGCAGCUGCUGCUGGUGGGGACAGUGCUGCUGGUCACCUUCAGUGCAGCAGGCCCAGCACUCGUCGAUGUGCCUGGAUUCGCUGAGAAAAUCAAAACCAUCGUCAAGGUGCUGCUGACAGGAAUGCAUCUUCCCUCCUUUAACCUGAAGGAAUCCCUGGCCACUGUGGGUGAGAAGGUGUGUGCUGAAGUGAGCAGCUGCCUUUGCCAGCAUGGCUUUACCCCAUUCUCAGCUGAGAGAGAGGCUGUGCUGAAGGGACAGAUCCAGGCAGUGGCCAGCCCGGAUAACUCCAUCUGCAAGCUCAUCGAUUCUCGAAUUCAAAAGUUUCUGGAGAAUUACCUUGCAUCCAGUCACCAGAAAUCAUUGCCUGCCAUUCCUGGAGGAUUAGGCCCUAUCCAGAGGGAGCUGGAGGAGAUUGCUGCCAAGUACAUUCGUCUUGUCAACUACAACAAAAUGGUCUUCAGCCCUUACUACGAUGCAGUCCUUGGCAAAAUACUGACUAAGGAAGAAUCCCAAAUUGUAGGGAAGUCAGAAGAAUCAUAAAACCAGUCCUUGUGCUACCAAUACAGUAUUGUCAGCUACUAAAUAAAACUUGUACCAAUAUUUGUUUAGGAAAACA